AUGGCUAGUAAUGCUAGAGAAGACACACAAAGCAAUAAUUUUUCUACUGAUAUUGAAGUUGAAGUUCAGAGUAAUGCUAAUCCAACUUCAGAAACUCCACAACCAACGGAUAAUAAUACCUCAAAUCCAGAAGGAUCAAAUCUUGUUGAAGGUGACAAUAAGGCUAAUGUUAAGAGUGCCUAUUGGGAGUAUUUUGAUCGUUUCAAAGUUGAAGGUGAAUGGAAGGCAAAAUGCAAAUUUUGCAAGAGUGUGCUUAGUGCAAAUCCGAAGAAUGAAUGGAAUGUUGAUAGAAAACUGUCUACUGUUACAUUGGAUAAUUGUUCUACUAAUGAUGCUAUGAUAGAUGAAUUAUUGGGGCGGUUAGAUUCUUCAUUCUUGAUGUUGGGGGGUAAAUUGUUGCAUAUGCGUUGUUGUGCUCAUAUACUGAAUUUGAUUGUGAAGGAUGGUUUGAGUAUAGUUAAGGAAAGUAUUGAAAAGAUUCGUAGUAGUGUAUUGUAUUGGACUGCAACGCCGAAAAGGAACGAAACUUUUGCUAGUUGGUGUGCUAAAACAGCGAUUCCAUUUACUAAGAAAUUGGUUCUUGACUGUCCGACUAGGUGGAACUCAACUUAUUUGAUGUUAGACACUGCAUUGUUGUAUAGAGCUGUCUUUCCUAGGUUAAGACAAAAGGAACCCCAAUAUAAAACUGUGCCAAGUAAUGAAGAGUGGGAACUUGCCAAGGAAAUAUGUGAUAGAUUAAAGUUGUUUUAUGAUGUUACUCAACUUAUGAAGAAGAAAUUUGAGAAGUAUUGGGAUGAGAUUCAUGGCAUUAUGGGUGUUGCUGCUGUUUUAGAUCCUAGGUACAAGAUGGUUGGGGUUGAAUUUCAAUUUGGAAAAAUGUAUCCAGAUCCAAUAGAAUGUUCUAAGCAAGUUGACAGAAUUCAUCAGUUGUGUAAUGAGUUGGUUAAUGAAUACAAUCAAAAAAUGAGUUCUGAUGUGUCACAUGUUGGUACAAAAUAA